AUGGAUCAAGUUGCAAUAAGCUUUCUGAAUAUGAACAUAGAUCACACAACCAAAGAUUCGAGGAGCGAAGUACCAGGGGGUGAAGGGACCGAAGGAGGUGGUGAUUGCAUCGUGGGUGCAGGGGGUGAGUUAUUAGCUGGUGGAGGAGCAGAUUUGGAACCAGAUGGAGGAGGUGUGACGGUGGGGGAUGGAGGAGAUUUUUCUGGUGCUUCUCCUUGUGGUGCUAGUGGAGAAUCGGACGAAGGGGGCGGGACAUCAGCUGGAGGAGGUGGGGACUCUGUGGAUUUAGGUGGAGGUGAGGUGAGGCUUCUGCUGGAGGUGUUGGGGAAGAUUUGGGAGGGGGAACCUUCUGAUGGAGGUGGUGGGGAAGCAUCUGGUGGGGUUCUGACGUAG